AUGGCUUCAGAGAAUUUGAGAUCCUGGAUCGCCGGGAUGCCCAAAGCCGAGUUGCACGUCCAUCUAGAAGGCUGUCUGACACCGUCGCUCACUCGAUCCCUGGCGGAACGAAACCGUCUACCGUUGCCUGCAGCGUUGUCGUCCCUCGAUCAAACCUCAGGCUACUCAUUCCACGAUCUGACCACCUUUCUGGCGGUCUACUACCCAAACCUUGUUGUUCUGCAAACAGAGCAUGACUUCCGCGAUCUCGCCCUGGCAUACCUCACCCACGCGCACGCCCAGAAUAUCAAGCAUGUGGAACUCUUCUUCGAUCCUCAGGCGCACACGUCGCGAGGCAUCCCCUUCCCCACCAUCCUCCGUGGAUACCGCACCGGGAUCUUGGCCGCACAGCGCACUCUGGGCAUCUCCGCCAGCUUGAUCAUGUGUUUCCUGCGGGAUCAGUCGGCAGAAUACGCCAUGGCGACGCUGAUGGAAGCUCUGCCCUUCAAGGACUCUAUCAUCGGCGUGGGUCUGGACUCAGACGAACGGGGUAAUCCGCCAUCCAAAUUCGCUGCCGUGUUCCAGCGGGCAAGCAAAGAAGGCUUCCUCCUGACGGCGCACUGCGACAUAGACCAGCCCAACAGCAUCGAUCAUAUCCGCCAGGUCGUCCAGGAGAUACAGGUCGACAGGAUCGAUCAUGGGACGAAUGUUUUGGAGGAUGACUCCCUGGUCGAGAUUCUCCGCGACAAAGGCAUUGGACUGACCUGUUGCCCAGUCUCGAACUCGGUUGUGACGGAGGACUUCAAAGGCAGAGAGAUCGUUGACCUUCUUCGGCGAGGAGUCAAGGUCACCAUCAACUCUGACGAUCCUGCAUAUUUCAGAGCCUAUGCUAAUGAGAACAUGGAAAAGAUGGCCACUGAAACUGAUGUGACUAGGAAAGAGCUGAUUCAGUUUCAGCGGAAUGCAUUUAGCAUUUCAUGGAUCUCAUCCUGGCGGAGAAACCAUUUCCUUUCCCUCCUGGAUGAUUAUGAAAACAGAACGCUAUCAAGUAUGGUUAACGGGAUAUGA